GAUCGGGAUUUCCUAAACCUAGCUGCUGAGAGAACUUGAAAAACAGCCUCGAAGCCUCAAAGGCAUGAGAAGACUGAUCAAAUCACCGAAUUCUUUGAAGAAUCUUAGACCAAAUCGUUGUUAAUUAUUGCAAGUAUUAAUUAUUGUGAAGUAUUUGAGAGAAUUUCAUCACGAGGUAUGGUUAAGUUUGUGACCAAAACUAAGAGACAGAGAAAAACAGAUGUUCUAGAAUUUUCAGUUUCAAGUAUUCCAAGUUCACAAGUACCUCCUCCAUCUACUAAUACUGACGGUACACAAGUAGUACCUUCCAUCCCUGCUCCUACUCUGUCACAGCAAGCAACUUCUAGUACUGUCCAGGAUGAGUUCUCGAUAUGGAAUCUUCAAACAGACCCUGCAAUGAGAAAGCCAAUAUCAAGUUAUCAUCCUAACGAUCAAGACAAAGUACGAAGAGCUUACAUGAAGAUGGUUCCUUUCCAACCUAAGAAUUUUCCAUUUCCACAAAAGCUAAUGGGAAAAAAGAAUCCUAAGAACAGAAGAUUCAAUGAAGCUUGUUUUUUAAAACAUGGAAGUUGGUUAGAGUAUAGCAUAUCUAAAGAUGCUGUAUUUUGCUUGCCGUGUUAUCUUUUUAGAAAUUAUGUUAAGGGUAAAGGUAGCUCUGAUGCUUUUGUGAAUGCAGGUUUCUCAAAUUGGAAGCAAUUUGAAAAGUUAGAUAAGCAUGUAGGAUGUCAUGACAGUGCACACAAUGAUGCAUAUAUGAAGAGUCGCGAGUUAUUGCAGGAAACACAUCAUAUUGAGGCUAUCUAUCAUCGUCAAAAAGAACAAGAGAGUUUGAGUUACAUGAUUCGUUUGACAGCUUCAAUUUGUGUUAUUCGGUUUCUUUUAUUGCAAGGAUUAGCUUUUCGUGGACAUGAUGAAUCCGAUGCUUCACAUAAUCAAGGUAACUUUCUUGAACUUCUUCAAUACACAACUGAACAUAAUGAUAGUAUCAAGAGUGAGGUUAUGAAAAAUGCUCCUGGUAACAACAAAUUAACUUCACCGGACAUCCAAAAGGAAAUAGUGAGUGCAGCUGCAAUGGAAACUAUGGAUGCGAUUCGUGAUGAUAUUGGAGAUGCUUUCUUUGCUGUUAUGGUUGACGAAUCUCGUGAUGUAUCAGUGAGAGAACAAAUGGCAGUUGUUAUACGUUAUGUCAACAAGAAAGGAUGUGUUAUUGAAAAGUUUAUUGGUAUAAUUCAUGUUCUUGAAACGACAUCAAUUUCAUUGAAGACUUCAGUGGAUGCAUUGUUUUCCAAGUACGGUUUAAAUAUAAUGAGAUUGAGGGGACAAUGUUAUGAUGGUGCUAGUAAUAUGCAAGGUUCGACUAACGGAUUGAAAGCACUCAUAUUAAGAGAAAACCCAUCAGCAUAUGUUAUUCAUUGUUUCUCGCAUCAACUUCAGCUGGCUCUUAUGCAUGUUGCUCAAAAGCAUACAGAAGUUGCAUUGUUCUUUACUAUAGUUACUAGAGUUGUUAUUAUUGUUUCUGCGUCAUUAUCAAGUUGGUUAUUUUUAUGAAGUCAUUGAUAUGCAAAUUGAUGCGCUUAAUGAUGGAUUUGAUGAAGUGAACACCGAGCUACUUUAUUGUUUGUCGCAUUUGAAUCCGAGCGACAAGUUUUCAGCUUUCGACAAAGGUGCAUUAAUUCGUCUUGCUAAAUUAUAUCCAACUGAUUUUUCUCAAAUGGAUAUCAUGAUUCUCGACCGACAACUAGAUACCUUUCUUGCUGAUGUUCUUUCUAGUAAUGAUUUUUUUUGAAUUAGGUGGUAUUAGUGCGCUUGCCCAGAAAAUGGUUGAAACGAAAAGAAAUAUAGUGUACUUGUUGAUUACAUUAUCUUUGAUAUUGUCGGUUGCUACAGCUACUGUUGAGCGAGUUUUUUCAGCAAUGCAUAUAGUGAAGUAUCGUUUGCGUAACAAUAUUGGGAAUGAUGGUUGAACAAUUGUUUACUAACCUACAUUGAGCGGGAACUUUUUCGCAAGAUCAGCACUGACAGGAUUAGACAGCGAUUUCAAGAUAUGGCAACACGUCGCGGACAUUGUUGAAUAUGAAAACAAUUUGGUUUUUUUUGGUAAAGAACACAGUUUUUUGGGGUAUAAAAUUAAAGAACAAUACACGAUCGAAGAAUGAAUUAGCUAACAUAUCUCUAGUAUUGUAUAUUUUGUUGCGACAGAGCGCUACUAGGUGUUGUAAUACAAUCUUUCAUGUGUAAUGAAAUUUUUUUUGGACUUA